CGUCCACCUCGCACGCGUCUUGCAGCCACCGACAUCAUGAGCUUCCUGCUGCCACAAUUGGGCCGCUCGCUGCGGCCAAGCAUGCGCCUCGCUGCGCCGUCCGCGCGCCUGCUGCACUCCAGCGGCUCGCUUCUUGCGCGCAAGCCAGCCAUUGCCAGCAUCGCCGCACUGCGUCAGCGGGCGCCCGGCACCUCGAUGCUCAAGGCUCGCGAGGCCAUUGCCUCGACGUGGUCCUCGCCCGACGCGCCCGACGACCUCGAUGCCGCGCUCGAGUGGCUGCGCGCCGACCAGCUCACCAGCGGCGCGGCAAAGGCGUCCAAGGUCGCCUCUCGCACCGCACGCGAGGGGCUCGUCGCCAUCGUCGUGCUGGCCGAUGGCGUGCCGGGCGGCGCAGCGGGCGCAGCACAGCGCUCCGCCGCACAGGCUGCCAUCGUGGAGCUCAACUGCGAGACGGACUUUGUGGGGCGCACCGACCUCUUCACGCAGCUGGCGCGCGACGUGGCGCACACGGCCGCGCUCUUCCCGUCGCUCGCAGACGUCACCGCACCAGGCCCAGAGGCAAGCAUGCUGGAGCUGCCACUUGAGGCGUUCCUGAGCUUCCCGCUGCUCUCGGCACCGGCCGCCGACGCCGCAGCCUCGACACCGCAACAGCCGCAGAAGCCGCAGACGGUGCAGGAGGCGAUCCUCGACGCCGUUGCCCGGCUGGGCGAGCGUAUCCGUCUGGCGCGUGCCUCGGCCGUCGUGGUGCCAUCAGCCGGUCCCGGCCCACGCAAGAUCAACUUCACCGGCGCAUAUGCGCACGGCGCCAACAUCGCAGCUGGCGCAGCGACACGGCCGGGAUCCUCGGUUGCCGCAGGCCGCGUGGGCUCGCUCGUCCUCUCGUCGCUGCAGCCAUCCGCCUCCUCCUCGACGGAGGACAACAGCGUCGAGACACGUGCGCUGGCUCGCUCGCUCGCGCGCCAGGUCGCGGGCUUCCCGACGAAGGAGAUCCGCGGCAGUGACGAGACGGCGCUCUACGCUCAGCCAUUCAGCAUGGCGCUGGCCGCUGCCGGUCUCGAGCAGGGCGAGACGCCCGUCGGUGACGCGCUGCGUGCGUGGGCUGAGAAGCGCAGCGCAUCACUCGAGGUGCUGCAGCUGGCACGAUGGGAGCUCGGCGAGACGGACACGGAUGCACCGAGCGAGCCGUGAAUGCAGAUAGAGUUCCAAGAGUGGUAUUGCCAGAGGUACGUGGGUGAAAGGGUGUAGUACAGGUGCGGGGAGGCAGGACAUGCAGGGCAGAGCAGGAGUGCAGGGGAGAGCGGAGCAGCCCGCGGGGGUAUGAUCAC